AUGAGCAAUAUCACUACACCGGAGGCGACAAGUCCUGUGGCCGAGACAGGCGUUCCGGAAGUAGACUUAAAACCUGCGUUUCCAGCUGUGGGGGAAGGCGCGGCAUCGGUGAAGCCUGAGAAGGCAGCUGAGCCAGAGCCUGUGGUCUCUAGUGUGACUAGGGCGGCGGUCUCGCUAGAUCCUUCUGUUAACCGAGAGCCUGUCGGUCAUACAUUUCGAGGAGAACUCUUCCUCUCCAUACCCGAGCUUGGAUCGGUCCGCGAGGCUUUGGAGGGUUCUGGAUUCGCGAUUGAGGAAGUGAAGACUCCCCCAGCUUCCCCUCGAGCGGAACUGUCGUUCGCGGCUGCGGUUUCGGCUCGGCGAAGAACUAGAGAGUCUACCGUGGCAGCUCGCUCCAGCAGUACCGUCGACGGAGCCAGCGAGAAGUCGCCUACUAUGAGGAUGGGCACUUUGGGGAAAAGGAAAAGGGGAGAGGGCGCGAGUUCUCCGUCGGACUCCGCAAGCUCAAGUAUGAAGAUGAGCAGUGUAGAUGGGCAGAGAGUGGGCCAAAGCCCCUCUAUGAGGCGAACUCCGACUACGAAAAAGAGCAGUGCGCCUGUGAACGUCUCAGCGGCGCCGAUUGUCGCUUCUGGGAGUCCCAUUUUGAUGAGUGGCAAGGAUCCAGGGGCACGGAUUAUGAUGCCUAGAGGAGCAGUAUCGAGAAUCGGCGAUGAUGGCGCCCAUUUCCAAUCAGUUUUCUUGGGGGUCUUGAACACGAUAGAAGCCGACAAAGGAUUUUCCGGUGCUGAUAGUAUAGCUUAUUGGUUCAGCCAUCCGGUUCUACCUCGGCAGAUCGAGGGGGUCAGCUUUAGUGCAUGUCAGUUGCCGAUUGAUUUGGGGCAUGUGAGGCGUAUGGUGGAGGAGGGGAAGUACAAAACGCAUUUGGAAUUGGAACGAGAUCUGCGUCGACUUGUACGAUUUGCGUUGGGAAAUUAUCCUAAAGAUUCGCAGCCUUUUAAGGCGGCGGAGCGGUUGAAUAAACUGUGCACGGAAUUGAUGUUCGAUGCCUCGUAUCGGAUUGAGAAUGCGGAGUAUGUGGAAGCCCAGUACCCGGUGAUAGAGGAGCCGGUGAAGGAGGUGACUCCAGCGUCGAGCGCACACAGGCAUCAGUCGAGCGGUGGAGGAAAGGCUGGGGGGCAUAAAGGCAGCAAACAACCUAUGGCUAAUAAGGGCAAGGAUAAGGAGGGAAGCAAGGAAGCUCGUAAGAAGAGUAAGAGUUCUGUUGGUGGUGGUGGAUCGAAGGCGACGGAGUCUGAAUUGACGGCCCAGAUAGAGCAGCUCCAGGACAAGAUAUCGGAGUUGACGCAAUUCGUGUCGAAUCUCAGUGAGACCCCUCGGGCCAGCGGAAGCGGCUCGGUCACGAAGGAGAGUUCGGUGAGGGGAGGGUCUGUAGGGGGCACUAGGGGGCCGGCUUUGCCCUUGACGGCGGAGGAAAAGGUUAAAUUGGAGGAGGAUAUGAAUCAGCUGACACCUGAGGACCUCUGCCAAGUAGUGGAUAAGAAGCUGCGUAACUGUCCUGGAGUCGUGCUCGAUCCUGUAACGGGAAUUCUGCAAGAGCUAGAUGUGGAUAUGAUGACUCCGAGGGACCAGAGGAAUCUGAAGCGGUAUGUUGCGAGAUUGUUGAACCUUCGUAAUCAGAAGGUGAAGGAGAAUGAGGAGCGCGCUCGGGAGAUAGUAGCACAGCAGAGGGCGUUGGCGCAGCUACAGGAGGCCCAGAGGAGACGUCGGGCUAACUCCACUAGUGAGGCUCCUCUCGUCGUCAUCACCGUAAUGAUCAUCCACUUUCAUCAUCUCCACGAGGCUCUCCAGUACAUACAAUAG